AUGAAAGAGCUUGGUGGCAGUUUAAGAGUCAGAAAUGUCGAGAAUGUCACUGGAAAGAAUGAAGCCUUAGAGUCGAAGCUAUAUCAGAAAAGUCAUCUUGGAAGCUUGGCCCUUGUCUGGAGUUGCAAUGAUGGCAAGAAUGCAGAUGACAGUUUACAGUUGGAGAUUCUAGAAGGUUUGAUGCCACCGCCUCAACUGAAAGGCCUUGAGAUCAAGGGUUAUAAAUCUGCCACGUAUCCAAGUUGGUUACUUGAGGGUUCGUAUUUUGAGAAUUUGGAAUCUUUUAAGCUUGUCGAUUGCAGUGCCUUAGAAGACCUGCCACUCAAUACUGAGCUCUUCAGGCAUUGCUCAAAACUAGAGCUCGAGAGUGUCUCGACUCUGAAAACGUUAUCGUGUCUUCCAGCAACCCUUACAUACUUAUCAAUUAGCAGUUGCCCACUGCUUAUAUUUAUUACCAGUGAUGAGCUAGAACAGCAUGAUCAGAGGGAAAACAUCAUGAGAACAGACUACUUGGCAUCACAACUUGCUUCGAUAUGGGAGGUGGAUUCUGUAUUGGGAAUUAGGGAAGUAUUAUCGUCUGAACAUUCAUCUCUGAAGCAAAUGAUGGCAUUAAUGGAUGCUGACAUGUCACAUCUUCAAACCAUUGCAAGUGCUCUAGAAAGAGAGAACGGCGAGGUAAUGCUGAAAGAUGAUAUAAUUAAAGCAUGGAUAUGUUGCCACGAGCAGAGGCUGAGAUUCAUUUAUGGAAGAAGCAUCAACUUGCCGUUGGUUCCACCAUCAGGUCUUCGCGAACUUCGUCUUUCUUCAUGCAGUGUUACAGAUGGGGCAUUAGCUGUUUGCCUUGGCGGUCUGACGUCACUGAGAAAUUUGUUCUUAAUGGAGAUCAUGACUUUAACUACACUUCCGUCGCAAGUGGUCCUCCAACAUUUGACAAAGCUGGACUUUUUGUUCAUCAGAUAUUGCUGGUGCCUCAAGUCAUUAGGAGGCUUACGAGCUGCUACCUCUCUUUCGAAAGUUAGAUUGAUUUCCUGCCCUUCUUUAGACUUGACACAUGGAGCAGGUUUAUUGCCGUCGUCUCUUGAGGAGCUCUGUAUAUACCAGUGCAUGGUUGCAGAUAAUUUCUUCAGUAGUGACUUGCCACACCUGAAAAGUCUUAGCAUGUAUGGCUGCAGAAGCUCCACUUCCUUGUCUAUCGGUCAUAUGACUUCCCUUGUAUCCUUAUCACUGGGACGUUGCCCUGAUCUGUGCUUUCUCGAAGGCCUGCCAUUCUUGCAACUUCACGACGUACAUUUGACAGAUGUCCCGAAGCUCAGCGCGAACUGCAUUUCACAGUUUCGGGUGCAGCAAUCACUCUAUGUUAGCAGCCUCGUGAUGCUCAACCAGAUGCUCUCGGAUGAAGGUUCUGUAGUUCCACCAUUUCUGUCUCUCGAAGGAUGCAAGGAAUCAUCCGUUUCAUUUGAAGAAUCUGCAAAAUUCACAUCCGUCAAGUGCCUUAGAUUAGGUGAGUGUGAAAUGUGGUCCCUACCAGGAAAUCUGAAGUGCUUCUCUAGUCUGACGACACUCGAUAUCUAUGACUGCCCCAACAUAUCAUCUUUAUCAGAUUUGCCAUCCUCCCUCCAACAUAUAUGUGUUUGGGGUUGUGAACGCUUGAACGAGAGCUGCCAAGCGCCUGACGGAGAAAGCUGGCCAAAAAUUGCGCAUAUCCGCUGGAAGGAUUUCAGAUGA